AUGAUUACUUUACAAACAAAAAAACAAAAAAAGAAAAUGAACUCUUCACAUGUUUUUUAUUUCACUCUUCGAGGCUACAUUGAUAUCAGUUUGUGCACACAUUGUUUUUUUGUGAUUUUUAUGAUUAUAUAUGUAGUAAUCAUUGGUUGUAAUGUUGUUCUGAUCGUGGUCAUCUGUGUGAACAGGAGUCUACAUGAACCUAUGUACAUGUUUCUGUGCAGCCUGUUUGUAAAUGAGCUGUAUGGAAGUUCAGGCUUGUUUCCAUUCCUGCUGGUUCAGGUUCUCUCGGACGUUCACACUGUUUCAGCUCCAUUUUGUUUCCUGCAGGUCUUCUGUCUUUAUACAUAUGGAAGUGUAGAAUUUACUAACCUAGCUGUCAUGUCUUAUGACAGAUAUGUUGCUAUUUGUCAACCUCUUCAAUAUAAAACAAUAAUGUCACAAAGGAGAGUUGUUUUUCUGAUAUAUGUCAUAUGGUUGCCUCCUUUUUUAGCCGUCAGUGUCACAACCUGUUUGAGUUUAUCGUUGCAGCUCUGUGGGAAUGCAAUCAACAGAAUUUUCUGUGACAAUCACUCCAUCAUAAAACUGGCUUGUUCCGAGCCCAGAGUUAAUAAUGUCUACGAGCUGAUCAUGACUUUUCUUACAGUCUGCGUUCCAGUAUGUGUGAUUCUUUACACCUACAUGAGGAUCCUUAAAGUUUGUUUUUCUGGAUCCAAACAGACCCGACAAAAAGCCGUCAGUACCUGCACACCUCACCUCAUCUCUGUUGUCAGCUUUUGUUUUUGUGUUCUCUAUAAAAUACUUGAGAGCAGGUUUAACGACAACAAUGUUCCCAGAUUGGUCAAAAUAUGUUUAGUGCUGUAUUUUCUCACCUGCCAGACAGUCUUUAACCCAGUCCUGUACGGCCUGAGUUUGUCUAAGAUCCGAACUGUGUGUCAGAGACUGAUACUGCAGUCUUUGGGAAAAAAUGAACAGUUUUGUUUGAGUUUCAGGGAGAGAAGACAUUUUUAA